AUGAAGGAGAAUCAGGAAGCCAGACGCGUCUUCAUUCCAUGGUUCGCUCUGUUUAUCUCUCUGGCCUGUAUUGCUUGUCUGGUUCAUGUUCAGUGGACGCUUUACACGCAUCGCGAACAGAUUGGCUUUCUUAUGAAACAAAACGAGGAACUGAGGGAUUUAAAGCAACAGCUACUUGAACAGAACAAGCAAACUAAAGUUACGUUUCCAUUUUCAGUCAUAUGCGGUGCAAUUAACUUUGAAUUAUUGUCUCUCACAGGAUUUCUCAUUUCCACCAUACUGAGUUUGCCAGGGAAUGAAAAAUACUUAAAAGCUUUGUCAAGGUUGUUGUCUCCAGUGCUUAAGAAUCCAAGUACGAGUCGUUGGGUGAGGUGCUGGCACGCUGCAACAGAUGGUUGGGAUGUAACAAAGACAUUCCACCCACAAUGUGACGGAAAGGGUCCCGCAGUGACUAUUGUUCGUGUUGGUAGCUACGUGUUUGGGGGAUAUACUGAAAUGUCUUGGCACAGCAAUGGCCAUUAUUUUUCAUCGACGAAGUCUUUUUUGUUCUCACUCUUCAACGUCAAAGGAUUUAAUCCCAUCAAACUGCCCCUUACAGGAAAUAAUAACAAAUAUGCAGUAUACUGGGGUAAAGGGUACGGUCCUACCUUUGGAAAUGGACAUGACCUCUACAUAUCAAAUCAUGCAUCUAGCAACACUGGCUCCUACACAACAUUGAUCACCUACAAGCUUCCCCCCGGAUGCUCUUAUAACAAAAAAUGUAUCUUCUUUACCGGUUCUUCAUCUUUUACUCCCAGCGACAUUGAAGUCUUUUAUGAGAUAAGCUAAGCACGUUUUAUGAAGUAACAAAGCCAUUAGUUCCCGUAGAAACUACCGGUGUCCAGACUUGUCUCUUAUUAAUGGUUAUGCAGAGAGAAAAAAAAAGAAAACUAAAGCUAAAAAAGUGUGGAUAGUUGUAGUCAUCCGUUAGGCUCUAUGGGUUGCAUGAAGACAUUUUUCUUUUGUUUGCCAAUAUCUUAAAAAAAAMCCAUAUAUAUUCCAUAACACUAGCAUAGCAUUAAUAUAACAGAUGCAUGACAUUUAUAAACUGUGUUCAUCGGACAACGUGCAACAGAAUUUAAAAGCCUGUUGUAAAUGGGACUCUAAUAUCUUUUUGUAAACUUUGGCCUUAUGUAGACUUCAUUUCAAAUGUAAGUUAAUAUGGCAUGUGUGCUACUGA